AUGUAUAAGCUAUUCAAAGCUUAUCAAAAAAACCAAAGAAACAAUGUUGCUGCAGCCACUUCACAAACUUUGCCAGAAGAUAUUCCUGCCGUGACUUCUGAUGACGAGUCUUAUGUUUCUGCCGGUUAUGAUGUGUCAUCUAGUUUGUAUCAGGGAUUCUAUGCUUUUUUUGCUCAAAAAGCUGGUGGUAGUGGAAAGUCUGCUCUUGAUAUGUAUUUGGAUGAACCCGUUAUGGAUAUGGUUGCACAUAAAGACAUGAAUGUGUUAACAUAUUGGAGGGACAACUCUUCUCGUUUUAAGGAGCUGUCUUGUAUGGCGUGUGAUGUUUUGAGCAUUCCAAUAACAACAGUUGCCUCAGAAUCCUCUUUUAGUAUAGGUAGUAGAAUACUUAAUAAGUAUAGAAGCUCUUUAUUACCAACUAAUGUUCAAGCCUUGGUUUGUGCAAGAAACUGGUUAAAAGGCUUUCCAAUAGAGGAUGAGAAAGAAGAGGAGAACAAAGAGGAGGUCGAAGAGGAGCAAGAAGAAUCUUAA